AUGGACCUGGCAGCAUCAAUCCUGGCCUCUAGGCCACCGGCGACCGACCGAGAUUUUUACUUGGUACAGCGUCCUGUCUCGGCAAGAGGCUCGGUAUUUCUCCCGGCGUACAACUGGGCCCUGUACCAUCUCACAUCAUGUCUUCACUUCGUCUUCCGGAUCAAUUCGACUGCUCUAGAGGCGGCGCAUACCAGCCCCAGCAGUCCAGACACAUUCCCUAGGCCUGGAGCUCCUCUUGAUUGGCACAAUCUCUGGUUGCGCACCCAGGCAUGGUACGACACGCGACCUGUAGAGAUGCAGUCGCUAGUUGACGUUGGCAGUAUCGAGAUGAGCCAGAUUGACCCAAUGAACUUGGCUUCAUUCCCGAUACAUCUGUACUCUAGUGCAAUUGUCGUGCAGGCGGCGACUUUUUACCACAUGACUGCGCUUCUUUUGCUGCAGCAUAAGCCUCGGCUUCUUAAUAUCCCUGGCCGACGUCAGCACUUGACUUCGCCCAACUGGCAUGCGCGAGCCAUUGCGGGCAUCGCAACUUCAAACGAGUUUACUGAACAGUGGGACCCCAUCGUUAUUGCUUCUCUUCUCUACAUUGCAAGAGAUAUAACGCAUUCAGCACAGCAACAAACCAUACUAGAAUGUCUUGGAGCUAUCUCGGUGCAGACCGGGAUCCCGCUCGAAGAGGAAGCUGAGCAGCUGCGCGCCCAAUGUAUGCACAAUGGCCGCGAUGGCACACAUUUUGUCGCAGAAGCGAUCAUCGUUAUGUCCCACAGAGUCUUGUUCAUAGUUGGCUAUACGGCGCAAAAGGCAAGUUAUGCUUUAGCCGAAACAUCAAGUCCGGAUUGGAAAUACACGGCCUCCCAAAUGCAAUCGCAACCUCCCUGUCCUUGUAUACCCCAUUGA